CUUUGAGAGCCUAUACGAUAACGAUAUAACCCAGCGCCCGCCUAUCUUGACGUUGUAGACAAUUGCAGAGAGAAGGCCUUGGGAAGCUUUAUCAUGCCGCCACCACCUCCACCUCCUCCCCCCCCUCCGCCGGGCAUGGGAGGCCCUCCUCCUCCUCCGCCUCCACCUGGCGGCCUGCCGAAGCCUCCCCCAGCAGGCAUAGGACGGGGCGCAUUGUUAGGUGACAUCCAAAAGGGAAGGGCCCUUAAGAAAGCCCAAACAAACGAUCGAUCUGCACCGGUAGUAGUCAAGCCAGCAGGGGGUGGUGGUCCCCCCGUCGGCGGAGCACCUCCAGUGCCGGGGCUCGCACCACCUGUCCCAGGAGGCAACAGAUUACGAAGCAAUAGCGAUCAGGGAAGUCGGGAUGCUGGUGCAUCGGGCGUGGACUCCGCACCACAACUAGCAGGAUUAUUCGCAGGCGGCAUGCCCAAGCUAAAGAAACGUGGUGGUGUGGAUACGGGAGCGGAUCGGAGCGCUUCGUAUAUGUCAGAUUCAGAGACGACCAAGUCCUCGGCACCCCGACCACCCAUAUUCGGUGCACCAAAGCCACCACCCGGUGCUGCUCCCGCGAUUCCCGGCCGGGCCGUCCCCACACCUCCGGGGCUGCCUUCUCAUCCAUUAAUAGCCGGUUUGAGGAAAACCCCCAGUGAUGUACCGCGGCCACAUUCUUCCGCUUCAAUGAAGGGCCCGCCGCCACCAAUAGGGAAGAAACCGCCGCCGCCACCCGGGUCACGUAAACCUUCGACGUUGGGGGCAGCACCGCCGAUACCUGGAGCACCGGCGCCUCCACCGCCUCCGACAUCAGCCCCUGCUCCUCCGGCUCCUCCUCCACCGCCGCCAUCUUCAGCUCCAGCACCACCACCUCCACCCCCGUCAAACAUUCCUCUCAGGCCACCACCCGCACCGGCAACACGAUCUCAACCACCGCCCCCGCCGCCUUCGGCACCACCAACGAAUGGUGUCUCCCCAAAUGUCGCCUUGCAUGCCGCGAUCCGUGCCUCUGGAGGACAAUCCUCGCCCACAGCCGCACCGCCGGCACCACCACCACCUCCUCCAGCAGCAGCGCCAUCCCCACCAUCGUCAGCGCCGCCUCCACCCGCUCCACCUCCUGCGGCACCACUGUCGCGAGCUAGGGCAUCCUCGAACUUGCGCACUACCAUGCUGGACCCCAGUGCAUACACACUAUCGCAUAACGGCGGUAGUACUCACUCACCUUCACCCACGCGUUCCAGCACAACUGCUGGUCUUGCCAGUCCCCGUGGUGGUGGCGAACGCAUAAUCAUUCAGGACAGCAGAUGGCGCUUCACAGACGACAGUCAGCUGCCAAAACCAAGGCCAUUUCACGGUAGUUCCAAGAAGUACAGAGCGGGGCGAGGGAGCAGUGUACCCUUGGAUUUGAGUGCGCUCUAGGCGAGUGCCCAUCCAGAUGACCGGCUCGACGGAAGGAGGGACAAGGCAGAUGUUACCAGGAGCAAGACCGGGGGGACAUUUUGGCGCAAGAGCGCGAUUGAGGAAUAGAGUGCUCAGGUUGUGAUAUCAAUGGGAGAAUUAUGGAAGCGCAAAGGCGCUACUUGUGACACGAGAGUAGGAAUACUUCGGCAAAAAGGCACAAACCAGCCGACGAAGCUCCACCCGGCUGUGUCCGGUGAGAUACCAGCACCACAGAGCACCAAGCAACGGACGAGAACGAUAGGACAAUGAGGUGGCAGCUUUUUUGACUAUAGAUUUUCGACCAAGUCCAGAACUAAAGAAUC